ACGGGUCGUCCGUAGAAAUAUCAGUAAACGUAUGCCUCAUUUUCCGAUUUUCUUGUGAGUUUUUAUAUUCAAGUAAUUGUUUGCGGUGUUUCCUUAUAAAAGGUUCGGAUUUAAUCGAUUCAGUGGAAUUUUCGCGUAGGCGAAUCUUAUUGAAAGUUGUGAAGUUAAAAGCAUUUUUUAUCUUUUUCGGUUUUGUAUUACUGGAAUUAACGUAAAAUGGUUUGAAAAUUAUCCAAUCAGACGUUUUGCGAUGUGACCCUAUGUGCCAGAUAUGGCGACGUAGGAAUCUCCCGCGACAUUUUCCUGGAUUAUUUUUCCUUGGAAAAUUCUUCCUUCCGGGAUUAGAGAAGAAAGUGUUGUGAAGUGAUGGAAUGGUGAUUUUCAGAGUAGAAAAUUCUACUGCGAAAAAAAGGGAGUUAGGAAUCAUACAGUGAUUAACUGCAGGAAAAUAGUGCCAUUUUAAAGAUGCAACAGAAGUGAGACAACUAGAAGACAUUAAAUUGUGUAAUAUGCGGAAAUCAUUAAGUAAUUCAUGUGUGUACUCGCGUAUUGAUUCCUACGACAGAUACCCGUCGGGAAAUCGGCUGCCAUGACUACGAUAUAUUUUUUCGUAUUCGUCUCCCACCUGUUACGAGUUGCAAAUAUCUAACAUACAUUGAGUAGCUGCUCCUGGCCGUACAAUAGUUGUAUCCUGCUGGUUGUGUUUAUUUCCACUCGGACUUCUGGUAUUGGGUUGACGACUCACACUAGAUUUCAUCCGUUCUUAUACAAAGUUGGGAGUUUGCGCAUUUUAACGUUACGCAACUGUAAUCAAAUUUUCGCAUCGAUUUAAUACAAUUACAGUUCGGUUCACCGUAGACCGUUGGCACGUAUAUAAUCGUUCCAAUCAGUGAAUCCUUAGAAAAAAUAAUUAAAGUGAAUUUAAAUUAGUAAAUUGAAAAACAUAUUUUUUUUCAAGUAUAUUAUUGACUUUUAUUGAAAAGUUUUAUAAUAGCUAAAAAACAAUAUGGUGAAGAAAGUAAAUUCCGGAACCGUUUCCUAUUAUAGUGAAAAGUUUUGCUUAGUGUUAAUAUUUUUGAACACGUAAAAUGUGAGAUUUGCGAGUGAACACCAACAUAUCGCAGAAUUUAUUGAUAGUAAUCAAUUUCUGUUUAUGUUAAUUAAAACAUAAGAGCUUGAAUCAAUAGAACUUUAUAGAAUUGGGUGCACUUGCGUUGCAGCUCCUGGCAGGGGUUGCCUGUUGCUGGUCAUUAGCUCAACUUUCUACCAAACGUGGAAAUUCAUAUAGAUCUGAGUCGAACGCUGUUGCCUAUACAAUUUGACCUGUUGCUACAGGCCUGUUGCUGAAGCCGAAAGAAUGGAUGAUGAUACCGAUGAAAAGGAUGAUUCAAAAAGAAAAUCUCGCAACCUUAGCGAGAAGAAACGGCGGGAUCAGUUCAACUUGUUGGUCAACGAACUUAGCUCAAUGGUUUCUUCCACUAACCGUAAAAUGGAUAAGUCCACAGUUUUGAAAUCGACAAUAGCAUUCCUCAAGCAUCAUAAUGAAGUAGCAGUUAGAUCUAGGGUGCAUGAAAUUCAAGAAGACUGGAAGCCUUCAUUUCUAUCAAAUGAGGAGUUCACACAUUUAAUUUUGGAAGCUUUAGAUGGAUUCAUAAUGGUCUUUUCAACUUCGGGACGGAUAUUUUAUGCGUCUGAAAGUAUAACAUCUCUAUUAGGACAUUUGCCGAGCGAUCUCCUGAACAUGACUAUCUACGACUUAGCGUACGAGGAAGAUCACUCCAAACUGUAUAAUAUUCUGCUUAAUCCUGUAUCUGUAAUCGAACCGUUGCAAAAUGGUCUAACUCGCGAGAACCAAGUCAACUUUACAUGUUACCUCAAACGUGGAGGUUUGGAUUACCGUGAGGAUUCCUAUGAAUUAGUACAAUUUGUUGGUUAUUUUAGGAGCGAUGUAGACCUCGAUAACAUGUUACCAAAUACUCGUUCGAGUUGUUACAGUGGUGAAACCGACACAAGGCUCAUAUUUGUGGGAACUGGGCGUAUUCAGACACCUCAAUUGAUCCGCGAAAUGUCCAUUGUUGACUCAUCGAAAAGUGAAUUCACAUCGAGACACAGUUUGGAGUGGAAAUUUUUAUUUUUAGAUCAUCGAGCCCCACCGAUAAUCGGUUAUUUGCCAUUCGAAGUGCUGGGAACUUCGGGUUACGAUUAUUACCAUUUCGAUGAUUUGGAGAAGGUGGUGCUAUGCCAUGAAGCAUUAAUGCAAAAGGGAGAAGGAAAAUCCUGCUACUAUCGAUUUUUAACUAAAGGACAACAAUGGAUAUGGUUGCAAACUCGUUUCUAUAUCACUUAUCAUCAGUGGAAUUCUAAACCUGAGUUUGUUGUCUGUACCCAUCGCGUGGUCAGCCAUGCAGACGUCAUGAAAUCUUCACGAAACAACAAUACAGGGAAUAAUUUAGGAAGUAUAUCAGCGGCUAGCAAUAAGGAAAUAGAAGACGUUGAUAGCAUCGAAAAGCAAAUGCAAACCACAUCGUCAAUGAUCCCAAAUUCUUCCUGGAGUUCGAAAAGCUCGCGAGCAUCUCGUUUCGGUGGUUCACCAAGUGUGAAAAGCCGCACCAGACAUUCAAACUAUCAGGGCAACGGGUCGGAUUCAACAUCGAUUUCAGCAGAUUCGGUGGUGACACAAUACAGCUCGAGAUCUCGAAUGCGGCCUCCGUCACAGAACCAACAGAAACUGACGCCUCAGCAUCAAAUUCAAACUUUAUCUAGUCACAUGCCAACCCAAAUGGGUAGCCCACAAAUGGCACAACUCCAAACCCGAAGUUUACCUGCACCCGCAGUGUUGGGACCACCGUUUCUUGAACCCCCACAGUAUCUUGCCGCCAUCCCAAUGCAACCUGUCCUUGCACCUUCGUUUCCUGCAACUGCUGUUAUUUCACACAUACCUGUUCCGAACCCUCACACCGAAGGUAUGGCACCUGGCGUCGUAAUGAACACUUCACAAACUCAAAUUCAAGUACAACUGCAACGAAAACAUGAAGAAUUAGAGCAGCUCAUAAGCAAGCAAAAGGAGGAGUUGAGGCUUGUUCGAGAGCAGCUCAUGAUGGCAGGAUGUGGCCUAUUACCCUCCAUAGUUAAUGUACCAAUGUCAUUUAGUAAUACAGUAAACAAUAGUCGAAGUAUAGCUAGUACAGUUCCUGAUAUGAUCCAGCCCCAUCAACAACAAUUAGUGCAUGCGACUCAAAUGAGCAUGCAACAAUUGACUCCAGUGGACAUGCCUCGGCAUUCAGGAAUGGAAUCAGUUGAAACUCAACGCGUAGAUGUAGCGAACCUAGGUCCAUCGACUUCUGCACAGGAUGAUGAAAUGAUUUCAUAUAUGCAAUUGGCACCAGUUCCUGUCAGUCACUUACAUCAUAUGAGAAUUCAAACGGAUAAUCAAGCUCAGAAUCAAGGACAACCUCAGCCGGAACAACAACCGCAGCAACAAGCUCAGUCUGCUCAGAUGCAGCAGAUGCCUAUCACCAAUGAUUUGGAAGUUCUCCCAUAUCAAAUGUCCCAAGAGCAAUCACAAAUUCUAUUCAAUGCCCCUAAUUCACCGGGACAUACUUAAAAUGAUGUGAAGCCACUACCCUCCUUUAAGCACCCCCCUUGUAAUAUACUGGUCAAAAAUAAUUUAGGUGCAAGAUUUUUUAAAGAUACAUUCGAUGUGUAUAGAUUACGGCCAAGCAGGGUAAUGUACGAAUAUAUAAAAUGUUAUAAUAUGAAAUUAA